AUGCCUGGCAUCAGCAAUAUGCCCCUCACUGAGAAAUCGGUCACUACCAUAUCUGCAGCUGAGAGUCUGGGUGGCGAUCCAACCAAGGAUACAAAUCACGGUAGCAACAGCCCAUACGGAUUCUACAUUGACAACAAAGGCAUCGACUGCGAUGUCAUCGAACGCCUCCGCCACCAAGUUGUUGACAGCGCUAGGACCAGCGAUGAGGAUCAUCUCGCCGACUUUUUGGGUGUCUCAGAUGGUGACGUCUUUGUACCGUGCGCCCAACGCUACGUCUUAGGGCCAGAGACCAUUCCGGCUUUGGUCGAUGGCACGUUCGCUGAAGUUCCUCGUGGGGCUCGGUUCAUCCUUGCAGGCGCCAACAACGUUUUCUGCCAGAGCGAAGCCAAGGAUAAGAUCCUAGCUGAGCUUGACGCCGCAGGUAUUUUUAUGUUGCCCGAAUGGGUUAGCAACUCGGGAACAGCCAACCUGUUCAUGAGAGCCUGCAGUGGUCUUGCGUUGGAAGGUUAUGGAGCACCCACUCUUGAAGCAUGUGCCAAUGACUCAAGGGCUUUCGUAAAUAGCCUUUUCACCAAUGUAGCAAGCAGUGCAGAUGCAACAGCUCUGUGGAUUGCUUGUGAGAACCUGGCAGGUUUUCGUAGACAAUUUGGCGCAGUCAAUCUUCUGGGCAUUAAGAAGAUGUCACAUCUGACUCUCACGACCCCCAACGUCCCACGCGCAAUUGAGACCAUAACAAAGGUGUACGGCGCCAGCGUUAGCCCUGAUGGAAGUCUGCAUCAACUGCCGGGCGCAGGUGAUCCAACGUUAAGCAUCAACCAAGCACCGGAGGGCGCCGGGCCUACUGACAUCGGACUUUCUGUCCAGUUCUGUGUCUACAAUCUGGAAAGAGCUCGUAGCGUACUCAGCAGUGAAAGCAUCUCCUUCGAAGAGAUAAAGUCUAAAGAUAGUUCUCCCGAGCAUGUGCUGAGCUUGAUUGACGGUUCAACUGGUCAGAUCGAUCACUACGCAGCCAUCAUGCCUGGCUCAACAGCCGCAAGGAUAUUCCACGAGUACAUGCUGGGUUUCACACCAGUGCGAACCUUUACAGUCAGGGCGGGUGCCACUGCGGAAAGUGACGACGGGCUGAUGCAUGUUAUGGGUCUUCCGUCCGACGCCAGCCGCGUCAUGGUUCUCACCGAAGGUCUCACUCAGGAAUCAGUCUUUUACAAGCUUAUGGAGAGCCACCACGGGCCAUACCUCCACCAUAUGGCUCUUCAAGUCGACAAUGUUGAUCUUGUCUUUGACGAGGUCAGGCGGAAAGGAUGGGAAACAACCGCUGAAGAGCCGAGCUUUGACCUCGCUACAGGCCUUCGGCAUUUCUUUCUGAAAGAGGAGGAGACAGGAUGCAUCUUGGAGUUCAUUGGCCGUAAGGCGGAGAAUGCAGGGGCCUAUGGGAGCGGGUCAUCUGAAUUUGGCAUUGGGAACAUUGUGGCCCUGCUAGGACUCUAG